GCAGCAUCAUGGCUGGUCCUGGACGUGGAUAUUCGCAGGGUAGACAGCAAGCCUCACUUGAUGAUACACAUCUUCACUUUAGCAUUUUGCAUGAUGAGUCAGAGGAUUUAGAUGAGACUCAGUUGUCUGAGUCCACAGAGCAGACUAGUGCUCAGCCAGAGCUUGCCCAGCCGGAGGUCAUGGCACCGCAGCAUCAUCCUUCUGCAGGAACACAGCAGCGAUGUGCAGUGCGUGGUCCUAAUAGGGGCCUCGUUUUGGAGAAAUACGUGUAUACGUACAAUGAAAAGCCGAAAGUACAGAUAUUUCGGGAUCAUCCAGUUGGCACAAAAGCUAGUAUAGUCGCAAAUGAGAUCAGUCUGUAUAUGUGGAAUUAUUUUUCAUGGACCGUUGAUAGUUUCAAGCAUGUAGCCCCUCGAUACCGCGAUGCCUUAGUCUCUCACAUCAAGGAUAAUAUUAACUUCGAGGAUUGCACCGAUGAACAAGUGACGGCGUGUAUUCUCAAAAUGGCUGCAAAUAGAUAUAGAGAUCGACGAUGUAGACUUCAUAAAUACUGCAAUGAGCUGCAGGCGAAGGGGAUUGACCCUGUGACCCAGCCUUAUAGAAAUUGGGCUGGGUCUGGUGACGAUUGGCGGUGGUUAUGCGAGCAUUUUAGGAGUGAGGCAUUUCAGCGACGAUCGGAGGUGAAUAAGGUGAAUAGCAGUAAGAUUGAUUCUAUUCACACGCAAGGAAGUGCCUCUUUUGCACAGAAAAUGAAGAGGAUGGGACUAUCUGGGGUCGACGUCUAUGGUAAAUUCUAUCAAAAUAAGAGUGGCGAGUUUGUGACCGAGGAGGCAAGACAGCAUCAUGAAAAAAUGUUACAAUUGAGAGAGCAGACGGCGAGGGAGGUUGGAUCUAACAGCGAUGUUGGAUCGCAGUCGGUUUGUUCGAUGACAGAUGAUGCGAUUUUGGAUACCGUCCUCGAGCAGCAGCUAGGAUCUAGGCAUAGCAUGCGAUCAAAAAAAUUUCGCAGUUCGUCAUUUGAUCGGUCUGAUGAUGCCUCGGUGCCAGAGGCAGUUAGGACAUCGAUGAGCAUGAUGCAGGAUCAAAUUACUUACUGGAUGAAUCGUAAUCAGAUGCUCGAGAGGAUAGUGGCUGCGAUGGCGGGACGGCUCGGUAUCGAUGCCUCCGAGUUAGCAUCUCUACAGCCGCAUGAUGUCGCCUCUGCACAGCCAUCGCGACACACAUCGAGCCAGGGAUCGACGUCUGGAGGAGGAAAUGAGGCCAACGACUUUGAUGAUAUAUAGUUUGUAGUUUUUUUAAAUUUUAAAUGGUGUAUGAACUCAUACUUUUGUAUAUGACAAUGAUGGCUAUGAAACUUAUUGCUAUUUGAAAUUUGAAUGUUUUUAUUGUGUU